GAACAGUGUGUGCCACUAGCGGUCACGUGGUGCUGCACGUUGUACGUUCGCUAACUUCCAUGUGGAGAACCAGUUGUUAGCUAUCUAACUAAGACCACAAUGCCGAAGGCUAAGAAGGCUGGUAGGAAAAAGAAGUUCGAUUAUAACAAAGAUAGGAAAAAACUCAAGCGGAAGGUUAAGAAAAAGAUGGCUCCGAGAAUAGCAUGCUCACAGAUGAGAAAUGCGUGGAAUGAGCAUUCGACCGUCGCCAAGAACCUGAGCGACAUGGGUCUGGCUUUCGACCCCAACGUCGCUGUGCCUCUCCGGAAGAACAAGGCAUCUGGGAUGGACGUAGACGAAGUCGCCCAAAUUGUGAGGAAACCGUACGUGAUCAAAGAAAUGGAAGCUCAGGCAAAAUUGCCAAAGCAGGACACGAGGACAGUGUCCACAGACAUGAUCGAGUAUGUGCAGCACAUGAUCCGAGAACACAAGGAGGAUUAUAAGGCUAUGGCCAGAGAUGAAAAGAACUACUACCAGGAUACACCAAAACAAAUAAAAAGGAAAAUAGAGCUGUACAAGCAGUGUCACCCAGAAGAAUAUGCUGCCUUUCUGGAAUUGUUGAAGACUGAACAAAUGGACACAAAAUAGAUAUGGGAUUUCUGCAUGGGAGGUGACCAGUGUCAACAGAAUUCUAUAAUUAAGCCGUUAGUGUUUAUGAGUGUGGGAAAAACUGGCAUAUCCAAGCCUUUGAUGGCGGUUUUGAAUCUUAAGUAUACACAAUGAGAAUACCUUUAUUUUGAAACUAUCUGGUUUAAUUGUAUGUAAAAGAUGAGUCAGUGCUUUGUGCCCCAAACAUUUUUAUUUGAAUCAAGCUAAAAGGACUUUCAUAUACUCUGUAUAAUCAUUAAUUUGACAAACACAGCACCAUUUAAAACCAGAAUAUGACAGAUCUACAUUUUGUCUUUGUGUCCUACAUGAGAAAUAUGUAUAUAUGCUUAAUGAGAAUGCAUCCUGUUAAUUUUCACAAUGAAUAAAUACGCCAGUACUCUUGUAA